UGUUUGGUGUAUGGUGGGUUGCCGUAGAAUGACAGUCAGCUGUGCUGCUGCUCGCGCUUCUCGUCGAAGUCAAAAUCCAUCAUGGCGGACAAUAAUACGCGCUCGCGUCGUCGUCGUCGUCCUCUUGCGCAAAACCACCACGAAUUCCACACGCGCCUCGCCGACGACCACGACCACCACAAGCAAUAAACCACACCACCAUCCAGCGACGAAUCACACGCGUCUGCGCUUGUCUACCAUCCACGUUGCAAGCCCAGUGUAAACAAACGACGCUCGCCACCACCAAAAACAAAAUGUAGAAAAACUGCACGCGCUGCGCCUAAAAUGCACCCGUCGGAGAGCAAGGAUACGCGUGAUGCGCGCGGCAAGCGCGUCAAGGGUGAGCAAAGCUUUGAUUUUGUAGCGAGUAGCGUAGCCCAGGUAGAUAUAGCGGGCGUAAUGCUGCGUCGCGACCCGCCUGCCUCCCUCGAGCUGUGCGCCGCCGGCGGCGACUGCGGCGACCGCCCCACCUUGGUGGUGCAGUCGCCCAAGUCACCCAAGACGCCGACGCUCAGCCGCAAGCUGAAGGCGAUCAGUCUAGAUUCCGAACCGGCGCGCGCCCGGCCCGUGCGCGACGUCUUCUCCAUGCCGAACACGCCGAAGAAGCUCACGACACGCGCGAGGGAUCUCUUCGACCCGCCGGGAUCAUCCAGCAACAGUAAGCUGAGUCUCGUCGGGACGAACCUGAAGCGCUUCGCGUCCAACACCAGCAUCUCCGGCAGCCAGACACUCAAAACCCUACCGGAAAUCAUGACGCUGCAAGACUUCUCUUCAUCCAGCACCAGCACGAUAGGCAACCAAACCAACACCGAAGCUAAACCAGAGUCAACAAUCAGAAUCAAAGCGAAAGGUUUACUCGAACGCCGCGGGAGUAACGCAUCCUUAACCAUUGACCUUGGAUCGUCCUUGUCGACGUCCACCACGCCGGAGAAGACUAUAGAGUGUAAACCCACGCUGAGUCAUAGUCAUCUCACGCAGGGGCCGAGGUUAAACUCGGCGAAGUCAAUUUCCACGCUGAAUUUGACCAGUUUCGGCACUUGUUUCACCAGUUUCUAUCAGAAUGUGUAUAAAUGUGAGCACUGCGUGAAGAAAACAGCGCACGCGGCACAUCCGGCGACUCCUGUGCCUGUUUCCAUUGAAAAAGAUAAAGAAAAAGAGCGGAAGAAUGACACAUGCGGUAAUUGCACCAUCUAUGAAUCAAUUCCGAGUAAAUUCUGCAUGAAAGAGACGUGUCACACGCCGAAAAAGAAAUGCAACUGCAUUUGUAACAUCAUGGGCGGCGGCCGGAGGAGUUUAUCCAAUGAGAAUCUGUAUGUGCCGCCGUGUAGCCUGUGUUUAACCGGGAAUGGUCAUCAUGUGAGUCGGCAUUGUCGCGGACAUCGCCGGGCUUGUUAUCCACGUCAAGCGGAUUUGGAAUCGCAGAGUUUGAGCGAUGAUUUUAAGCUGCAUCUGCAGAAUGUGCAGUAUUUGCAGACGGCGGGGAGUGUUUUGUCGAUUGCUGAGUUGCGAGCGUGUUGUGAGUUGCCUAGAGUACCAAAACUGCACCAGGAGUUCUGGGAAGUGCCGCUUAACCUCCAGGAGAAGUGUAUUGUCUCCGGGAGUCAAACACGUAACCGUUAUAAAGGUGUUUUGCCCAAUGAGCAUAGUCGUGUGCAAUUGACUAGUCCGCAACCAUACAUACACGCGAAUUAUAUCAAAGGACCGGAUUAUACGGAGACUGCGUAUGUGGCGACGCAGGGACCAAUGGCGCAUACGUGCGAUGAUUUCUGGCAUAUGGUGUGGCAGACUCAGUGUGAUUGUAUUGUGAUGUUAACACAACUCGUGGAGAAAGGUCGUAAUAAGUGUGAGUUAUACUUCCCACUCGGCAAGUCACGCACUGAAGUCUCAACGCCGAUGUCAUCCGAAUCAUCGUCGACUGUCACCACGCAGGAAACUGUAAUCAUGCGCAGUUGUUCCACGUCAGGUACGCCAACCUCUGCGGCUGGUAACACGUUAAGUCGAACUACGUCGUCGUCAUCAUCAUCGUCGACUUCGUCGUCAUCCGGCGCGUCUUCACUCAGUGCGUAUUCCUCUUCAACCUCAUCAUGUUCAACAUCCACGUCGGGCGCGCAUGAUGCUUCGGGUAAAGUUAGUUAUUUCACCAUACGCACAGCGCCAUCUACACAACCAGAUAAGUUUACAUUUGGUUAUGCGCCUGCGUCAACGCCGACGAACAACAAUCAUCAGUUUCGCUGCACGAGCACAAACACACGCCGCAUGAAUUCCGAGCAGGAAGAAGUUGUGCGUUAUGAAGAACUCGACGAAGUGCAGCAUGGUAACUAUCAUAUUCACUUCGUCUCGCUGCAGAUGCUCGGCGAUAUCAGCGUGCGUAUCCUGCGCGUUGUCAAUCUGGAAACACAAGAGUGUCGAUUGGUGCGGCAUUAUUGGUAUGCCAAUUGGCAGGAUCACAAGAUGGCCGACCCAGCGCAAGUUCUGCGCCUCGCCGUCAACAUCCUCCAGUAUUUGGACUUUAAGGAAGACACAGUCAACGCGAAUUCCAAUGAUGAUCUGGAUGAGGGUAAGACCGCUUUGGUUGUACAUUGUAGCGCUGGCAUCGGGCGCACCGGUUGCUUUCUCGCCAUCUUGAAUGGCAUUCAGCAGCUGCGCACGAACGCCAAUGUGGAUGUGCUGGCGAUUUUGUGCUCGCUGCGGCUGCAUCGCGGCGGGAUGGUGCAGACCGCCGAGCAGUAUGAGCUCAUCCAUCGUGUGCUCGGCAUGUACGCCGAGCAAAUCAUUAAACAUUAAGUCAAGCGUUUGUUUGUUUCGAGCUGCAGUGAGAGAAGGGAACAGUUCGAAUUGUGAUAUCAUUUUUGUAUAAAUCAUAUAUAUAUAUAUAUCUAUAUAUUUUAGUAGGUUUUGUUUUCGUAUACAGCGUUGCCAUAUUUCGCUGCUGGUCAGCCAUUUUGAAUCAUUUGAUUGCGCAUGUCUCUUGCACAUAUUUAUCUGUAUCAUAAUCACUUGUCAUUAUUGUUGUUGUUGGAACAAAAACUGAGUAUAGGUCAGAGUCAACGCGCGCAGGGUAACAAACAAACAAAACACACAGAACGCACUGGUUGGAAUGAAUGAGGACAAUCUUCGACGCAAACUCAAUAAGACGAUAGCCUCUAAUUGUUAGCCACGUAAGGAUCAAUGUAUUCAUGCAAUUUACAAUCAAAUCAUUUUUAUAGACACUCAUUCGAUGGCCGGGGGGCAGUGUGUGUAUCACUUGAUGUUAAUUAUUUUAGAGAAAUGUUUAAAACUAAAUCUAAAACUUAACCUAGCAUGAUGGGUUGAUUGAGCGCACAAAAUGAUGAUGUUGUAGAAGAGGUGGGAGAGGUGGUAGAGUGGAGGAAGAGUCGAAACAAACACCAAAUUUUUCAAAGACUAAUCAAACAGCCGAGCAGCUAGUGUUUUAACCUGACUUGACACCACACACACACACACACACACAGACUCACACUUAACAUUAAAAACAAUUCGUAAUCAAUAAUAAAUGUCGCGAAUGGUCAACGUAACUUUGUAACAUUGUUAAUCGUAUGCAUGUAAUAAUUCAAAAGUCAAAACUUCAUUCAAUUGAUUGUGUGGGAAUACUCAAAUGAUUAUAAAGUCCUAGCAAAUUCAAUAAUAUGUGUCAAAACGUGCAAAAUACAAAAUGUUUGCUAAA